GAGAAAGUAAUCUAUCUCAUCACAGAUGCAUGUCUGAAUUAGUAUUUUAUAAGGACGGUGCAGGAGAGGCUGGCGAGGAAGGGGAUGUUGAAGUAUGAUAGAUUGGUCAGCUUCAAUAUGUGGAUUACCUGAUUAUUGGGAUGGUGAGCUUGAAUAAUUCUUUCGUAUACACGCAAUUCCAUCCCCUCGCCUACACCGUAAAACUCAACAUCGAGAUGUCGAUGGCAGAACUAAUCGCCCAAGUCUCGUGCAGCUCCAACAACCCUGCUACACUGCUGCAGCCCCACUGCCGAACCAUCCUGGCCAGAAGAGCUCAGAAGCACGAACUCGCUCACCUGUCCCUCAAUCAAGGUCAAAACAGAAAUGUGCUGAAGCCCAAAGAUGGCUGGAGCGGGUCCCUCUCCUCCUUCAACGUCGACAGAAGCCUAAGCCGUACGGCGUCUAACGGCGGCGAGGUGAUGGCGAACAUGAAGCGAGAAGUGCAGAUCUAUGUUGAGGGAGGAGGAGCAUUAACCCGAGCUUGGGCUUGAAGGAGCAGAAGAGUAUCGCGGAGAGUACGAGGAGUGGGACUUUUGAUAUGAUGUGGAUGUUGAUAGGAU